CCCUUUAGGUCGAACCGUCCAAGAGCUACUUCCCCACUCUUCUAUCCUCAUUCCUCGUCUUCCCCAUCUUCCCAGGAUUUGCGAGCCUCUUCCCCACCUCGCUUCCGCCGUCCGAUCUGCUCCAGAUGGAAGCCGAUCCAUAUCAGAUAACCUCUUUGCCCUAGCAUCCCCAUCUCCACCUCUCCCCUUCCCUACCCAAGUUCCUCCUGUUCACGUGAGUUUGUCUUCUUUCCCCUUCUCUGAGAGAGAGAGAGAGAGAGAGAGAGAGAGAGAGAGAGAGAGAGAAGGAAGGAAAGAGAGGGAGAGAGAUGGAGGGAGAGGCCUAUCCGAUCAUGGAUGGAGGUUCCCGCGACUCGAACCCGCAAACCACCUCUGAGGACGAGGCGAAUAAGAGGAACACGGAUUGCGUCUACUUCCUCGCAUCUCCGCUAACGUGCAUCAAGGGAGCUGAUUGUGAGUAUCGCCAUAGUGAAAGUGCAAGAAUUAACCCAAGAGAUUGCUGGUUCUGGCUGAACGGCAAUUGUUUGAAUCCAAAAUGUUCCUUUAGACAUCCUCCACUUGAUGGAUUUCGCGGAGUUUCAACAAAUGCCUCUGCAGGCCCAUCUCAGCCCUCUUUGCAACCUGCAAUGCCAGCACAAGCCCCUCAUUAUACAUCUGCUCCGUAUCACCCUACUUCUUACACUUCUAACAAGCAAAAGGUCCCUUGCUAUUAUUUCCAGAAAGGGCUUUGUUUGAAGGGUGACAAGUGCCCAUUUAUGCAUGGUUCACAGCCUGCAGGUGAUUCCACAUUGCCUCAGACUUCAAAAACUGCUCCUGUUUCAGAUCCUCAAUUUGCUAAGAAAACAGUGAAUGGAACUGAGAAUCCAACUUCGCUGCAAAGGAAUCCUCCUCAAGCAUUUGCACUGCGUGCUGUUGAGGUAGCUCCAAUAAUAACAGCUGAUGGAAAAAGAGGAGCUUUGCCUUCUGUUGGAAACGUAGUUCAAAAGAAUAAGACACCUGCAAAUGUUGAUGACAAACCAAUUAGAUCCACACAAGCUGCCACAAUGGUACCCAGUGGAAGUACUUCAGUUAAGCCUCGACUUCGCCAGUCCCAGUCACAAGAUGAACGAUUUCAAAAUGGUAAAGAUGUUGAUGAAUGCUUAGGUGAAUCUUCUCCUGGCUUUGAUGUUCUUGUAGAUGAUGAUCUGGAAGAAGAGUAUUUUGAUUCCGACAUGGAAAGAGCUCCAGGUCAUGGUGGCAGGCAUUUGAAUUCCCAGCGGGAGUUUGAUCGCAUGGGAUCUGGUACGGAUACUCUUGGUGAGUUUGAUGAGGAGCAUGGGGAAUUAGGGCCUUAUGAUGUAUAUGGGCGGAAGCAGGAUCAAUUUGGGUGGGAGCAAAGUCAGGCUCCCAUGGAGAGGGUUCUUGAAAGACCAUCCAUGUCAGAGCGAAGGCUGUCCUCAAGAGAAGAAAGCCCUGUUCAGAGAGAGGGGCGGGAUUUGCGUCAUCGGCUUUCAAAGCGAAGGCGGGUUAACGAACCAAGAGCUAUUACCAGUUCAAAUCAUCAUGGAGAUCUAUAUAGGAAAGAUGAUCAAUUUGUUGAGGAUCGGUAUCGUAGGCAUUCUCGUCAAGAAAACUUGCAGCAUUCUAGCACUGAAAGCUCCUUGGGCAAGCGUCUUCAUGGCAGAAUAAAAUUUCCUGGAAGACCCUCUCCAGAAUCGUCUUCUGAACCACAUUCUGAUAUGGAAUUGGAACAAAGAAAAAUGAGGGGAAGAUCAUCUCCAAGCAGGGCAGGCUUGCAUCUGGGAAGAAUCCGUGAGAAGGUAAGAGGAAGGACAAAUGAGGAUAUUGCUACUGAGGGGAGCAGUUUUAGAGGUCAAGCUAUUAGAAGCGAGGAGAGAAAAGCAGAUUCUCUGGAUUUUGCUGGACCAAAGAGCCUUGCAGAGCUGAAGAGUGCAAAAGUUUAUGAGACUCAAGAGGAACGGAAUGUUGUUGCUUCAGCAAGCAGACAAGCUUUGAAGAGUCAAGUUGUCCACGGUGAAGGAGAGAAGGGUGUGGAGCUGAGGAAGUGUAUAAUCCAAGACUCAAAUGCUUCACUUUCAUUUGAAGGCCCAAAACCCCUUAGCGAAAUACUCAAGAAAAAGAGAGAAACAAGUUCUGGACACAGCAGUGACCUGAAAAAAGAAGAAAACCAGAUGGAGAAAACACAUGGCAACUCUGAUAUUGCAGAUUUGCAGACGCCAGUGGCUGAGCCUGCAGAGCCGAAAAAAGAAGCUACUGCUGGCAGUAGCCACAGUCCCAUAAGUGCUGGAACUGAUCAAGAUAAAUUGGAGUUGACAGAUGAAGUCCACCCUUUUAGAAAUGAUGAAUCACCUACCGAAGCAGAUUAUAAUGCCCAGGAAGAAGACGCUUUGAUGUUGGACUCUGAAGACCAAGUUGUGGGGAACCCAGAAAGGGACAGAGAAUCAGAAGAUGCAGGAAUCGAAGAAAAUCCAGAUGGAGAAGAUGAAUAUGAGGAUGAUGAGGAUGGGGAUGACUUUGCAAGAAAGUUAGGUGUUAUGUUCUCAUAAGCUAAUUGAUAUGGCAAAGUUGCAUAACCCAGGAGCUUCGAUGUGUUUGUGUUGGAAUGUCCACAGCAGUUUCUUAAUGUGGAGAGUUUUUAGUGAUAUAUGUAUGGCAGAAGAGGUGUUUCUUGUAUCGUAACUGCUCGGAGGCUUGCGGCGCAAUCAGAGAGGCAAGCGAACAAGUUGCUUCAAUUGCACAACUGUUUGACAUGUUUCCUUGGAAAUUUUUAUUGUAUUACAUGGCAAAUCUGAUAUUUAAAGAAUUAUCUCUGACCAUAAUAUAUGCAUCAUAAAUCAAAUUUUAUGGGCAUUAUUUGAAUCUUCAA